AUGAAUUAUUCAGUGAAUAACAUCAAUUCGCACAUUUUCGGACGUAGCGAAGGUAAAAUUAAAUCGUACAAAUCCUGUACGGACCUCAGGGCUUGGAGCCACGAUGAAAAGGCACGCGACCGGUAUCUUAGAGAUUGGAUGAGGUCUGAUAUGCCGGUGUAUAUCAUAUCGGUUCGCACUUUGGUCACAUUAUUGAAAAUCAUGACUUGUAAGACCAGUGGAAGGUUAGCGCCUCGAUGUCAACCCAACUGCAAGUCUAAAAUCGUGCUUGAUACCAUCUGCACGUCUUGUCACAUCAUGAAGGAAUGUCUGAAGAACAACCAAAGCGUGCAAGAUUUUCUUGUUAAAGAAGAAUUCGAAACCAGCCAUUGGCCUUGCGAUAAAUGCUUAGAAGUAUUAAAAACCAUAAAAAUGUUUUGGAAAAUUAUUAUUGAAAAACUGUUUCAUAUAGAAACUUCUAACCGUGAGCAAUCCACACUGCAUCCGGCUACUUACAUUCGUGUUGAGAGCAUUAGAUCCCUUACUAGAACAUGGCAGAAAGACAUCGUCGACGAUGUGUUACUUGUAAAAAAGACUACGCCAUAUUCAAACAACAAUUCUUCUAAAGCACCCAAAAGUGCUGUUGAUCUUGUGCUUUCUCGAGCUGUUGAUCGUGAAAAGGUCGACGAAACUAUGAAUGUAAAAAAUACAUCUCGUCAGGUCAAUUUGAACAGAGAAUGCAAUAAAAAAUCUUCAACAGUCGGGCGUAGAAAAACGCGACGAAAAUUGAAUAAGUCUACUUCUGUCAGGUUGGAUUUGGUCGAUGUUGCUUGCGAAGCUAACGAUUUUUCAAAAGACUUUGGACCAUUAACAUUAGACAAGGAGCAUAUUGAUAACGUACACCAGAAAUGUGAUUCUCAUUUGAACGAAAUCGAAAAACUGAAAGCGGAGAUUGAUUCGCUAAAAAUUGAAUUGCGCAAUAUAUAUGAAACCCACCCGUGGAAAUAUGCUUUGUACAAUAAAAGCCGCAGUGGUUUUGAAAUGGAUGAUCUAUCACUGCUGCCAAAGCCUUUCGAUGACAGUGUAGAGGAUGGAAAUUCAGUAAACAAUUUGGAAUCAGAAAUGGUGAUAACGAUGAAAAAUUGUUGCAAUAAGAAUUUUAAACAGGUGUCAGUUUUAAAAGUAUUACACAAAACGAAUGUCACAACUUUGAGUGAUUCAGAUGAAAAUCGUUCAAGUAAAGAAAAUCCUUUGCGUUUUCUGACAAAAGUACACAAUACUUUCGGCGAAAUAUUUAAGCGCGAGAUGAGUUUAGUCAACGAUAAAAACACUUUAGUAAAAUCUGAUUUUCAAAAUGGAUUCCAAAACGUGACGUCUAGUAAGUCAGCUCCUUCGUGUUCGAGUGUGUCCAGCUUGGAAUCCAAUUACGUAUCAAUGAAAGAUUUAAAUGUAAUCGUACAACAAUAA